CGAAUCACAAAAUGGUGGAUCUGUCAAGCUUCCCUUGUGUGCUGUCGAUGUAACAGAGUAGGACAGGAUGUGUGACAGGCAUCACCUGCUCUCUCCUGUCCCUUCUGGGGCAGUGGAGCACAUGAACUUCGUCUCUGACCACAUGGCUGGACUUUUCCUAUCAGCAGACUAUGCUGACAUUACUUUCCUCGUUGAAAAUGUUAAAUUCUCAGCCCAUAAAGUUAUACUGGCUGCUAGAUCUGAAUACUUCAGAGCAAUGUUAUUUGGUGGCCUACGGGAAUCAUUACCGGAGACAAGGGAGGUUACCCUCCCUAACACAUCUGCAGCUGCAUUUCGGGCUAUUCUACGCUACAUUUAUACUGGCAAGAUGAGUCUCACUGAACUGAAGGAGGAGAUUUUACUGGAUGUCCUAGGCCUGGCUCACCAGUAUGGGUUCUUGGAGCUGGAGUCUGCUAUAUCUGACUUUCUCAAGGCCAUUUUAAACAUCCGCAAUGUGUGUCUCAUCUUUGACCUGGCUAACAUGUACAAUCUCAAGUCCCUGUGUCAGACGUGCGUGGAGUACAUAGAUCGUAAUGCAGAGGAGGUACUCACUGGAGAGGCCUUCCUCUCAUUGUCACAGUCUUCAAUCCGAGAGCUCAUAGCGCGGGAUUCUUUCUGUGCCCCUGAGAUUGACAUUUUCAAGUCUGUGUGUGAUUGGUCAGAGCACAAUGUUGGGCAGGACCCGACUCCUAUCUUGGAGAUGGUGCGCUUGCCGCUAAUGACAAUGCGGCAGUUACUAAACACAGUGAGACCUACAGGCCUGGUCUCGGCUGACUCUAUCCUUGAUGCUAUCAAAGUCCGUGAAGAGUCUAGGGACAUGGAACUCAAGUACCGAGGAUUUCUCUUGCCUGAAGAGAAUGUGGCCACAACACGUUACGGAGCUCAAGUGAUUCAUGGGGAAAUGAAAGCAGGCCUGCUGGACGGAGACUGUCAGAAUUAUGACCUGGAUCGCGGCUUUACACGCCACCCAAUUGAUGACAACAAGGGACAGGGCAUCGUCGUACAGCUGAGACAGCCGUACAUACUCAACUCUGUACGUGUGCUCCUGUGGGACAGGGACAUGCGGUCAUACUCGUAUUACGUGGAGGUGUCCAUGGAUGACAAGGACUAUUUCCGGGUGGUAGACCACUCCCGUUACCUGUGCAGAUCAUGGCAGACCCUUCACUUCCCAGCUGUGGUGGCCAGAUAUGUGCGGGUGGUGGGCUCUCACAACACGGUCAACCGUGUGUUCCACUUGGUGGCUAUAGAGUGUUACUAUACACACAAACCCUUCCAACUGGACAGAGGUCUCAUAGUUCCUUCAGAGAAUGUGGCAACGAUACAGCGUAGCGCUCAUGUGAUAGAGGGUGUGAGCAGGAGUCGGAAUGCACUGAUUGAUGGGAAGCUCAAGCAGUAUGACUGGGACUCUGGGUACACAUGCCACCAGCUGGGCAGUGGGGCCAUUGUCAUACAGCUGGCUCAGCCCUACAUCAUCGGCUCCAUGAGGCUGUUGCUGUGGGACUGUGAUGACCGACGAUACAGUUAUUACAUAGAAGUGUCAAAAGACCAGGGUAGCUGGGAGAUGGUGGUUGACAGACGGAAUGAAGGCUGCAAAUCCUGGCAAACUAUCUCCUUUCCCAGCAGACCAGUAGCUUUCAUCAAAAUAGUAGGAACACAUAACACAGCUAAUGAGGUUUUCCACGUGGUACAUUUUGAGUGUCCCGCUGACCCGUCAGUGGUGUGUUCUGGUAAUGUGUCCCCGAGUGCCAACGCCUCUAACACCGUCACGAUGCCCCUCUCAUUAACUCCUCCCCCGUUUGUUCACAACCUGAACAGCCAGGGUCGAGCUGCUUUUGCAACAAUGCCCGUGGAGACUGCCAGCAUGUCCAGUGCCGAUAGUAAUUAAUUUCAGUUUAUGUACUUGAUGGAUAUUGCCCAGGCAUACAUCUGAAAAACAAGAGCAAAAGCUUCAGUUUUGCCUUUCAUGAUUGACUGAGAAAUGACGUUAUUUAUUUUAUUGAUUAUUGCCUUGCCAUAACAACGGUGGUGAAAUAUUAAGUGUGACAAGCAAAAUGUAAUGGAAAACCAAAAACAUAUCAUGUUAUAUCAUUUAUACAUUAGAUCUACAUUUCAUGCUGUAUAUUAUCUUCAUGAAAUUACAGUGCUUUAAAUGCUCACCAAGUGCUUAAAAUGUCUUUCUGCUUUGUGCAUUGUUAUUUAUACAAGGUAUCAGACUGUUUUCGAUUAUCUGCUUUGUGCAUGUAUAUGUCGUCCAUUUGUUGCCAGGGUCUGUGGCUUAAACUUUUGAUAUAUAGCAAAUUUUAUUCAGAAUUAGGGUGAUUGUUGUGUAAAUUUAUACUCCGUUGAAAAGAGCACUCUUUUUUUAAGUAUGACAGAAAGUCUUUGUCCUGAAAGGAAAAGUUCCAAUGGUGAGUUUAGGUGAUGGUGUUAAUGGUCCUUUGGACUCCCUGUUUCAAUUGUCACUGUUCCCUGUUCAAUAUGCUGAAGAUGGAGUCAACAGGUGGUAGUUUAUCAGCAAGAAUGGCCAAAGUGGAUGCUAUUACCAUCGAUCUGAUAGGAGACCCCAAAAAUUGUGUUGUAUAUUAUAUGGAGAAAUUUGCCUUCUCCACAUAUUGUUGAUUUUUUUUUUGUUUUUUUUCUUAUCACACAAUUUUCUUGUUUUCACAAUUUUCAAAUUAACACCUUAAGCUGCCUGAGUAAUCUGGAGGAGCAAUCUUCAGGCAAGAACAGCUGUGCCAGCUAAUAUUAAUGACAGGAUGCUAAUUUACCUAAUUAGUUAUAUUGAACAAAAUGUUUGGAUCUCAGAUUUUUUCAGAGCUGUUGAUAAUAUUGUGUUGUAGUUGUGUGUUGAAUCCUGUCAUCAAAAAUCUAAUGGUUUACGCAUUUAUGAUGUGGUAAAAGUUUUAAAGGUUAUUGCGCUAUAUUUUCUUGCACAAGGUUAAACCAUGUCUUAGCCAGCAAGUGAUGCUUGGGUUUCAUGGGAUGGGUAGUGUAUAUGUGAUACAUGCAGUUGGUUUAUGUACAGCUUUCCUUGUGGGACGUAAAACACUGCUGAUUAACCAGGUUUACAGGUGGGUUUUUUUUUGGCUGAUACAGCUUUUAUUUGGCUUCAGUUCAAAUGCUUUGUUCUACUUUCCUUUCGGUUACACCUUUUGUGCUAGCGUUGUAAUGAAAUCAGGCCAUUCUUAGAAUAGUCUGUUAGCUGUAACUCGACCGACCAAUCAAAAUGCUUUCUGACCAUAAAGUUUUAUCGCUACCUGCUGUCACCGCCAUCAGAGUUGUAGAUGUUGGGGAAUAUUUUCUUAUCAUUGUAAUCAGUAAUAGUGUUAACUGUCUUUUGCGUAAAUGUCAUAGCGAAGACACUAAAUAAUGAUUAUUUUAUGCAACAGUUUUAUAGUCCAGCAUUGCUUCUGAGGUACUCACACUAGUCAUUUAGAAGCAUGAUGUACCUUGGGCCAGCACAGUUUACUAUUUAGUACAACCCUCAGGUUUAGUUUUAAUGUAAAUGGUACUAUUUCUGCAAUUUUCUUCUUCUUUAGACUGCUAGAUGCCAGUUUACCGGCGUAUGCGAUUAUGUACUUCCGUAUUAACUUCAGCAACAAAAAAAAAAUACCCUCCUAAAAACAAGAUUUCUCACCGACCAACCCGUUUUGUAAAGCAGGAUCGCGUGAUUCCCAACUGGCACUUUUGAGGAAAGCCUCAGAGUAAUGCCCCUUUGUGUCUCUUUGUAAAGGUGAGGUCAGCUUAAUUAAUAUCAGGUUGUUGUGAACAGUAACUCAGAGGUACACUGUGAUUUUCAAGUAGGAUUUUGAAGUGCAUUUACCUGCAGGCAUUUCAUGUGAAGAUUGAUGGAUCUGUGGUGAUGGUGGUGUUCUCAAUGGUUCACGUCAGUGCCAGGCAUCAAUGACUAAAUCAGGCUGACUACUGUGGAAGAAUUUUGAAUCAUCACAGGAUGUAAUAAUGGUUUAUGUACUAUAAGCUUUUAGACAGAUUUAUCAUGGCAGGUAUAUUAUUACCACCAUCAGUUUUUUGGUGGCAUUUGUCUGCCUGCCUGUCUGUGCGUAACUUUGCGGAAAGGGUUAUUGACCAGUCUAGAUGAAAUUUAGUGCACAUUAAGGUCUUAGCCUUGGGCCAAACACAGUUCCAUUGAAUUCUGUAGGUGAUCAAAACCUGUAUCCAGGAUUUUUAAAAAUGAUUCUGCGUUCCGUGGCAGCAAGGUAGAAUAUAAAGUAACAUGCCAAGUAUUGCUUCUAGUGGGUGAAUUGUACAUUUAACUUUGGCAAAGGCUUGCCUUCUCCUUUACUACAGAUGUGGAAAGGUCAAUAGUUAAGCGAUUCAUCUUUGGAAAUUCUUCAGCUGUUGGUAUGCUGAUUUGAAGAAAUUCUAUUUGGAUACCGAUGUGUCAGAAAGAUGUUUGUGUCAAUUUCAUUGGUUGCUUCAAGAAUUUUUCACUGAGGCCCUUACUGUGGCAGACUAUUUUAUAACUUUUGGAAAUCACAGAUGAAACCAUUUAUGUCCUCCAAGUCAUCACUGGUCAACUUCAAGCCAGGAACAAAGUUGUUUUGUUACACA